AAUUGCUCUUAUGAUAUACGGAAGGCACUAAUGAAACCGAGUGCUUCUAUCUAAAUUAUUCUUUUAUCCACGUAUAAAUUCGCCGAAUUUAUUUCAUGAAUUUUAAUGAAUUGUAACAUGAAAAAAUAAUGAAUAAAUUUUGAUUAGAAUCAUUUGAUCAAAUAACAUAAAUCUUCAAAAUAUGUCUCUUGUUAGACGAGCACAGCAAUGGGGUACUCUAUCAAGUAUUUGGCAUCUUUAUGACAUGAAAUGGCAAGAUCCUUUUUUGAGUGCUCCUUUACUAGUUAAAUACCUGAAAGGACUUUAUAAACCCAUUUAUCAUCCAAUGAAUCGAUGUGGAGAUCAUGUAGUAGUAAUUAACAGCAAACACAUUGCCUUACGAGGAGAUGACUGGACUAAAAGAGUUUACUUCCAUCAUACAACUUACCAUGGUGGUGCUACUUGGACCCUUGCUUGGGAGCUUCAUAAAAAAAAUAAAAAAUUAAUAGUAGAAAAAGCUGUUUAUCAUACAAUGAAGGGUAAUUUACAGCGUCGUGCUACAAUGGCGCGUUUAUUGAUAUUUGAAGAUGACAAUGUGCCGAAGUCCAUUCUUGCAAAUAUCAGCAACCAAAUAAAACCUUUAAGAGAAGUCCCAACAAAUAUCGAUGAUAUUCCACAAGAAAAAAUUGAAAAUUUCCCAAGAGUCAUCAAGUACCCAGAGGAUCAUAUCCUGAGAUAGACAUUUAUUAAAUAAAUUUUCAUUUCAUGAAUGUACAAUUUAGUUUCGUUGACAAUUCAAAUCAACAAUACAUGUGUAAUUAUUUAAAUAAAUCAUUAAAAAAUGUAAGUGA